AUGCUCGUCCGCGUUCGCUCUCGAGACGGCAACUUCCGCUUCACCCUCGACCCGCAAGACGACAUCUCGGCUCUCGUCAGCCAGAUCCUCGCAACCUCGGACCAGAUCGACCCGGACACGCUCGCCCUGUCGAACCAGCCUCGAGGAGGCGAGAACCUCGUGUCGGCCAUCACGGGCGACCUCCAGUCGCUCGGUAUCAGCCACGGCGACCUCCUCUUUGCGUCGUACAAGCCCAAGACCGCCCCUUCUGCCCUCUCGUCCGCACCCGCAUCCGGCGCCGCCACCCCCGCCCGCGUCGGUGCGCACCGCCCGUGGGAGGGCGUCGAGGAGGACCCGGUCGACGUGCACUGGGAGCAGCGCGACGGCAAGAUCCCGAGGCCAAAGGGCCAGCACGGCUGUCGCUGUGGGCCCAAGAGCAUGUGCGACUACUGCAUGCCGCUCGAGCCGUUUGACGCCGAGUACCACGCGUCACACAACAUCAAGCACCUGUCGUACCACGCCUACCUCAAGAAGUUGCACGCGUCGAUCCCGACCUCGGCCCAGGCGUCGACCUACAUCCCGCCGCUGGCGCCCGAGUCGUACCGCGUCGCCGUCCCGUGCUCGUCCGGGUCGCACCCGUCGUGGCCGGCCGGCAUCUGCACAAAGUGCCAGCCGAGCGCCGUCACGCUGUCGCGUCAGUCGUACCGCAUGACGGACCACGUCGAGUUCUCGUCGCCGGCUCUCAUCGACGGCCUCCUGUCGUUCUGGCGCCAGACGGGCACCCAGCGCUUCGGCUACCUCCUCGGGCGGUACGAGCCGUACGACGAGGUGCCCAUGGGCGUCAAGGCCGUCGUCGAGGCGAUCCACGAGCCGCCGCAGGAGCCGCACGCCGACGGCAUCGCUGUCGGCUUCCCGUGGGACGAGGAGCCCAAAGUGCGCGCGCUCGCCGCCGCAUGCGGCCUCGACGUCGUCGGCGUCAUCUUUACCGACCUGACGCAGGACAAGUCGUCGGACGAGGCCAAGAAGCAGGGCAAGGUCGUCGCCAAGCGGCACGCCAACGCCUUCUUUCUGUCGUCGCUCGAGGUCCUGUUCGCGGCGAGCCUCCAGCGCAAGUACCCGACCGUGUCACGCUUCUCGACCUCGGGCCAGUUCUCGUCCCGGUUCGUCACGUGCGUCCUGAGCGGCGACAUCGAGGGCUCGAUCGCGGUCGAGGCGUACCAGGUGUCGGACCAGGCGACGUCGAUGCUCGACGCCGACAUGGUCGAGGCGUCGGUCGACCCGGGCGUCGUGCGCGUCAAGGACGAGGGCCCCGAGCGCUACAUCCCCGACGUCUUCUACCGGUACAAGAACUCGUACGGCCUCGAGGUCAAGGAGUCGGCCAAGCCGUGCUUCCCCGUCGAGUACCUCAUCGUCAACGUCACGCACGGGUUCCCGCUCAAGCCCAACCCGCGUUUCGUGAGUCCGACGCCGUUCGUCAAGGAGAACCGCGCCGGCCUCGAAGACCAGACGCUCUCGCGCGCGUGCGGCGCACUCGCCGCGCUCCUCGGCGGCAAGGACGCCGUGAGCGAGAUCGUGCGUGGUGGCGCAGGCUUCAACGCCGAGGCGCCGGCAGACGAGGAGCUCGACAUCGUCGCGGCCGACUCGGGCGCCAAGGCCGUCGCGACGUGGCUCAGCGACUGGCACCUCCUGCGGUUCCUCACCGACUGCGGCAUGUUCGAGGAGGACGACCUGCGCACCAUGGCGCGCAUCGCGACGCUCCCGAGCGGCGCCUCGACCUCGAUCACACAGUCGCGCGAGCUCGCCCGCACGCUCGUGCAGCUCUUUGCGUCGCCCAACUGGCAGACGUUCCUCGUCGUCGCGCAGGAGCAAGCUCCUCAACCGCCCGCAAGGGACUACCCGGGCGCCCAGCAGCCGCAGCAGACGCUCGACGGCUUCGACAUCCCGCCCGACGUCGACGUGCCGCCCUCGGCUGCCGGCGUCGGCGGCGCGUUCGGCGACGAGUCGGGCGCAGCAGGGGGCGCGGGAGGCGCCGACGCGGGAGCAGGAGCAGCAGGGGACGACGGCAUCAAGGUGUGCCCGCACUGCACGUUCGAGAACGGGCCUGGGGCGGGGCAGGACUGCGAGGUGUGUGGGCUGCCGCUCGCUGGAUAG